AUGGUGUUUUUCGACACGGGAUCUCUGGCCACCGUUGUGCACCAAGCGCGCACCUGCCCCGCUGACAAGCUGACCGCCGUGUCACUCCAGCCAGGGAAGCUUCUGACCGUCGUCGUGAGUCAGCGGCGUGUCGAACGUCUUCCGUCGCCGUACAAGUCUCAAUGUUCCGACUACAUCGCCCGCGGCGUCUACCCUGCUUUUGAAGGCUACCUCAACUAUGACUCAUGCAUGCAACACUGCAGCAUGAAGCUGGAGCGUGAGCGGUGUGGUUGCGUGCGACCCCAGCACGAGUUUGCAGGGGCUGUGGGAUGGACAAACUGCAACAUUCAGGAGUCAGGCGCUUGUUUCUAUGCGCUGAACGCAAGUGGAGCGUACACGAGCUGCGAGCGUCGUUGCGGUCUGCCCUGCGAAGAAAUCGUGUACGACGUGAAGCUUGCAGGCAUCACCGAAGAAGAUGGUUCCAAGCACGACCGAAAGAACAGAGUCGGCCUCGAAGUCAAGUUCAGCUCUGACGUGAUGCAAGUGGUCCAGUACGUUCCAGUGAUCACCCGGGUGGAGGUCCUCGGCUACCUGAGCGGUUAUCUUGGCAUCUGGCUGGGACUGUCACUUUCCACCUUGGCUAUCCAGGCCCAGAAGCACUUUUGUUCCUCUCACCGGCGCUCACUGACGGAACGACAGGCGUCAUUUCUUGGAUAUGACAACCCUGGUUUAAGACUCUGCUUAACCUAUAUCGGUAGGAAACUACCGCUGCAAAUCAUGCGCAGGAGAGCUGUGGUGGCUGCAUUCAAGUAGUCUGCGCAUCCAUGUUAGGGUUCUUGUGCUGCAAUGCCACCAAUGAAACAUACCCAAUGGACAUGGACGUGCAACUGACUGAUGUCUGCACACAGUAUGUUUAGUAGGACAUUCAUAGUACUAGUCGCAGUGAACGAGUAGUUAUAAUUUUUGUUCACUCUCAUUAAAGAGGGUUAAUGUUAGGUUAGGCCAUACAAUAAAGAAGAACAUUGUUUUUUUUUUUCCAUUUUACUGCUGCACUGCAGAAUCUAGGCACUCUACCAUGGGUAUCUGCUCUAUCGAAGGAGCAUUUCAAGCAAUAAAAAGUCUGAAAUGAACACUGUGCUUUUGUGAUUGCUUUGAAACACCAAUAAAA